AAGCAGUCGCAUUUCGUGGAGGUUCAUUCACCUCGUGCUAGCCACACAGUCCCGUCGAUGCCCAAGAUGUCUGUGGAGUGGGCCAACGUGUCAUUCAGCGUGCCGGCCAAAGACCCCACGACGAAGACGAUCUCGGACAAGCUGAUCCUGCGCGAUGUGCACGGAAGUGCCGCGCCCGGCCAAUUUGUCAUCAUCAUGGGACCGUCCGGCGCCGGCAAGACGUGCCUUCUCGACAUCAUCGCUGGCCGCAAUCCGCGGUACACGGGCUCCGUCACCGUCAACGGACUCCCGUGGUCAAACGAAACGAAUCGAUUUGCGUCGUACGUGAUGCAAGACGACGUGUUUUACGCGACGCUGACGGUCAAGGAGCACCUGAUGUUCCAGGCGGAGCUCCGCAUGGGCAAGGCGUUCAACGCGGCCGAGCGCGAGGCCCGCGUGGACUACGUGAUCGACGAGCUGGGUCUGACCAAGUGCCGCGACUCGCAGAUCGGCGGCGCCACGGACGGGCUGCCGUGCCCGACGUACAUGAACCCGACCGACUACUUCAUGCGCCAAAUCAUCGUGCUGGACCCCCAGUCGGAGGCCGCCACACGAGUUGAAGCGUUGGUACAAGCGUGGAAGCGCCGCGAGGCCGUCGCACCUGCAGUCCACCCUGCCUUGAACUCCGACGGAGCGACGUUUGAGAGCUCGAGUUUGGGGACUGGUGGUCAACUCGUGCUGCUUUGCAAGCGCAACGUGAUGCGGCUGGUGCGCGAUCGGCUGAGUUUCAAGGCCCGGAUUGCUCAAAACUUGUUUGUGUCCAUUGUCGUGGGGCUCAUCUACCUUCAACUGAAGAAAGACCAAGACGGAAUCCAGAGUUUCACGGGGGCGCUCUUCUUCAUGACGGUCAACCAGUUCAUUGCGAACGGGAUGCCCGAGUUCUCGAACGUCCCCACUGAGCUGCCGAUCAUGAUCCGAGAGUACCAUGGCGGGCUGUACCAUGCCUGGGUCUGGUAUGCCGCCAAGAACGUGAGCGAGCUCAUUUUUCAAGUGUUUUUCCCGAUGGUGUUCCUGCUGCCCAUGUAUUUUAUGAUUGGGUUUGGGGGCGAUGCCGGCGUGUUCUUUUCGUUCUACGUGUUUGUGACGCUCCUGUGCAGUGCCGCGGUCGGCAUGGGGUACAUGGUCGGGUGCAUCACUCGCCGCCCGGACGUGGCCCAGAUCCUUGGGGUCCUCGUCGCCCUCCCCAUGGUGAUUUUUGGCGGCCUCUUUAUCAACUCCAACACGACGCCCGUCUACUUUGUCUGGCUCGAGUACUUGUCGCCACUCAAGUACGGGUUUCGAGGCCUGAGCCGGGCGUUCUGGAACUCGAUUGACGCCAUUCCGUGCACGACAGGCCAGCACUGCCAAGCGCUGACGGGCGCCCAAGUCUUGGCCAACAUGGGACUCAACAAGAACUCCAUGAUUGUCGACGUCGUCGCGUUGCUCUGCGUCAACGUCAUGUUUCGGCUCAUCGGGAUCACAUGGCUCUGGUGCAGCAUUCGUCGAAAGGCCCACCGUUAAAACACGAAUUGAUUGCAUCGACCUUUGCGUUGUUCAUGG